AUACGUAUUUUUAUGUGUAAAGUGUUCUCUCCAUUUUAUUGUUAAUAGAUUUACAUUGAUUUGUAUAUCUUUGAUUUUAACAAUCCUGCUGAGUCCAGUAAUUUAUAUCGUUUAUAUAGUGUUGUAUCUAUAUAGACAAUUUGUAAAUAUAAUACUAAAAUUGGUUCACGCAGACAAUUUCAUUGGGAUAUUGGAAGGACUUGAUUCUAUAAUGUGCAACUGUGAUAAUUGUUUCGUGUACAUUUUAUUACAUUUUGAAUUUGACGAUGAUCCAAAGAAAUUGAUAGACUUGAUGGCCAAGAAAGUAAGAAAAUUAAAGGGAGGCAUAUUUGAUAAAGUGUUUUAUCAACGAGAUUCUUGUCUUGGCUAUAACUACUAUUUUAGAGGAAUGAGUGAUCUUGAUGAGUUACUGGAAUUUAUCGGAGACGUGAAUGGACCGAUAUUGAAUGAUGAGGGAUUGAGCGAAAAAAUUAAACUUUGCGAUACAAUGAAAAUGCCCAAUGGAGGUAGAGGAUUGAUGAAAGUAUUAAUUUGUCUUGAACAAACAUUGAAAAAGAACCACUAUGUAAUUAUAUUCAAGUUCCAUCAUUGUUUAUCGGAUGGUAAAUAUCUACUGGAUUUAAUUAGCUCAGGUUUUGGUGACGGAGAACUCGAAAUCGACAUACAGAAACCACCACCCAGAUAUAAUAUUUGGAAAAAGUAUAUAGUAGAUGGUUAUUUAACUCAAGGAUUGAAAAUAGACAAGGAUGAUAAUAUUCUUAGAGGUUACAAUUUAGAAGAAGUAAAACAUUUCGUCUUUAUCUAUGACGACGAUAAUAAUAAUUACAUUAAUAAAAUUAAGCAUAUCAAAAACAAACUGAAUGCUGCUUAUUUGGAUGUAUUCAACAGUUGUUUGGCUACAUCCUUAUAUGAAUAUUACAAGAAAAUGGGUGCAAAUAUUCCAAAAUGGAUUGUAACUGGUACAGUUCAAAGUCCCUCUUAUAUCGAAGAUAGUACUAAUGUUUUACAGAACAGAUUCACUGCUAUUCAUAUAAAAUUGCCUAUACAAGCUGAUUCAGUUAUGGAACGUUUGGAUAUUAUUAAAAACAAUUAUGAAAUUAUUAAAAAGUCAUUAGAAAUUGAGUUUACCUACUGGUUAGGUCAACAUGUAUUGAUUGUUUUACCGAAUCCAAUUAUAUAUUGGACAUUUUCCUUAAUGAAUAUAACUGCUGGAAUUAGUGUUAUGAAUAUGUCCAGGAAUAUUAUAUUAUUUGGGAAGCCCAUAAAAACUUUUAUAGGUUUUCCUCCUAAUUCACCGGGAACUGGUAUUCACACCGUACUAACAAAAUACGAUGAAAAAUUGUUACUUAUACUAACUGUUGAUCGUUCUGUAAUUGAGAAAUACGAAGACGUUAAAAAAUUAGGUAACAGAAUCGUAUUUCAUAUCGAUGAAUUAUAUAAAAUGAUCUCAUAGAAAGGUUUGUUGUUUAAUAUAACGAAUAUAUGAGCCGUUCAUUUUUUUCAUACAUCAAAAUGUUUAAGGGUUUGCGUUAGAAUUUAGAAAUAUUGGCAAACGUUAAUCAAUUUAUCAAGAAAUCGUGUUCCACUGAAUGUAUGAUUUUAAAUAUAAAUUAACUUAAUUUCCCAAAAGUGUACUUAAAGCACUUUUAAAAAAAGGUUUUUUCUAACUAAUAUUAACGUUAUGAUAUAUUUUCUUUUUAUUUGUGUUUAAUAUUUGAUACAUUUCUUUAUCGUCCACUUAAUCAUCGCCCAGUUAGGUCGUGGGACCCAGAAACCCGUUAGUUUUACUAAUUGUGUUAAUAAAUAUUUUUAAAUCAAUAUUUCUUUGAUAUUUUUUUAUU